UGUAGAGUCAAUUGUGAAUGAAGAGCUUUAUUCAGAGCAGCGCCCCCUGCUGCUGUUUUCAUGCAACAACAGGAGUCCUGCAUUAGUUUUAAAGAGAUUAACUUCUUACAUUUACUAAGCUGAUGAUUUAGUUGGUCUGUUUUUCAUGUUCGUACUCUCUUACAUAAGUUUCAUGACAAAUCAUUUCAGGUUGCAGGUAAGGAUUGAAUGAAUGAUAUGAAAUAUGAAACAGUGACUUCAUUUAAUCUUUAUUUUAUUCAAAAAAUAAUCAGAACUAAAAUAAAUUCAGUUCUUCCAAUUAUUUCAAACAAUAAAAUAAAGAACUAGGAGAAUUUAAUAUCAUCUUGUUUAAUCUCAGUAAAUCAAAAUUUCUUUUAAAUGAAGACAUCCUGUUAUUAUUGCGUGUUAAAUCGCCAUCUGCUGGUCCAGAAUCAGAAGAUUUUUCAAAGCUACCACCUCUAUUUUCUCUUUCUAGAAAUGUAAUUCAUAGUAGGGAUGGAUUCAAGUUGUAUUGUCUUGUAGGAAGAAGGUAGCGUUUAGAUGGAGCUGGGAUGAAUCUGUAGGACUGUGUGUAUACAGACAUUUAUCAUACUGCCACAACAGGAAAUCAAAGGUUAUAAAUGCAAGUACAUAAGUGAAAGUGCAGUUUGACUUCCUGUUUUCUAUGAGAGAGGGCCCAUAUUAGAGCGCCACCUGCUGUUCAUUACCCAGACAGACCUGCAGCAGCUGAGAAUCAUGUUUCUCCAUGUUCAUCACUGCAGAGCAGCUCGUAUCUGAUAACUGACAGCAGCUGAUAUGCAAUUGAUCACUGAUGUUCUAAGUCUCAGUAAAUUAGAAGAGCUCAGUCUGUUGAAACAUUUCGAAUGAUUUCUUAAUAUAAGAGAAGAAAGAGAUAAGUGAAGAUUAGCAGACUUACUGUCAAAUAUGAGAAAAAAACCUUUGAGUCAAACCAGGGUUUGGCAUAAAGGUGGGCACACGGGUUAGGGUUAGGAACUGGCAAGCAAUAAUGAAGAAUGAGAGGUAUAUUUGUGCAUUGAGAGCAGCUUGAACCAAAUUAAGACCAUAUAUGAGAAGACCAGAAACGAACUACCAAAGAACAAACCAAUAAAGUCAACAUGUCAUACAGAAACAUAUGUCACUACAGAAUCAGGUCAGUGCAGCAAGUUUUCCAACCACAGCCUCUGUGGUGUAGACUGAAAAUGCUUCACAAAUCUGCAAAGGCAAAACUACCACUUCCUCCAAGCUAACCAACUCCCACACACAGACAGAGCUACAGCUUACUUUGGCCAACACGAAUCCAUCAAUCAUAUUCUGAGCAGAUUAUAUAUUUUUCCAGUAGAAACACAAUCUGUUUUUGUUUUAUUAAAACUUUAAUUGUGAAAUCUCUGCUUCAUGUACCUCAUGUGAAGGUGGAGAAAUAAGAUUUAUUCGAAGCCUUCAGCGUAACGGAAACCACAACGGUGGUUUUUACAGAGAAGGACGGUGUGUUUAUUUCAGAAGAAAACAUUUCAUCACAAGUUUUAAUGAUUAUUGUUAAGAAGACGAUGGAAACAUCCUUACUGUGUCUGCUGGUUCUGACCUCGCUGCUGUGCUGCUCAACGCACCAAGCUCAUCUGACUGUGAAUCCCAUGAGAUGUCAGUUUUUCCCAGGAGAUUCUGUGUCUCUGAGCUGUGGAGAGAACAACAGCUCUGCUGAGUGGACUGUGAGAAGAAAUACAACCAUAAGAAAGUCUGAGUGUGGAGAUGGAUGGGGAGAAGUAGAAGGUUCUGUUUGUAUCAUCACUUAUGUUUUAAAAAAGGAUACUGGAGUGUACUGGUGUGAGUCCAGAGAGGGAGCAGCCAGCAGCAGCAUCCAGUUCACUGUCUCUGGUGGAUCAGUGAUCCUGCAGAGUCCUGUCCUCCCUGUGAUGGAGGGAGAUGACGUCACUCUGAGCUGUCAAACAAAGACUUCCUCCAACCUCCCAGCUGCUUUCAUUAAAGAUAAUGUCUUCAUUGGAAAUGAAUCUUCAGGUCACAUGACCCUCCACCAUGUGACCAGCUCUGAGGAAGGUCUCUACAAGUGUAGCAUCAGUGGUCAUGGAGAGUCUCCAUCCAGCUGGAUCUCUGUCUCAGUUAAACCUACAGUAACCUCGCCAACUUCCAAAGCCACCUCCAUAGCCCCGAUCCCUGGCUCAAACCCUCUUCAGUUUUUGUUGGCGGUGGCCCAAGUCCGACGCCUGCUGGUGUUCUGUCCAUACCUUAUCUCCACUCUCCUGUUGGUGUCUAUAUGUCGACACAGAUGGCCAGCAUCCAGCAACACUGUCUCUAGGGGAGAGUCUCUGCACACUGCACAGGAACUGGAAGAUAAAGAUCAAGAUGUUACCAAAGAGCAUCAUCUUUAAAGUAAAACAGAUAUGUCUCCAUCAGACAUUGUCUCUUUGUAAUAUAUGUUCAUUAAGAUUUGGAAAAAUGUUUUUUUAUUAAGGAAACUAUUUCAGUUUCAUGUCUCAGAGCAAUUAGUGGACCUUUAAUAUUUUGAUUCUUACAACUUUUUGUAUCAUUCAACUGCACUUUUUCAUGGCAGAUCAAAAGCUGCAUAUUUUAUUCACACUUUCAUAACGUACAUUUCGAUACUUCCCGACAUGAGGCCCCCCGACUGAAAGGAGAAAACCCCAUGUUUGUGUUUGUUGGAAAAUUGUUCAUGUCAGAUUAACAGGAGGCUUGUUAAAUUAAUGGUGAAAUAUACAAGAUUGAUUUCGCUAUCUGUCACUGGUUCCCUGGAUCUCAGAGAGCAGACUUUAAAAUACUUCUGUUAGUUUAUUUGUCACUGAAAUACAAUGAUUUGUUGUAUCAACCUUACAGACCACUUUGGUCUUCUGGUUCCAGUCUACUCCCCAUCACCAGAACCAGACAUGGAGAAGCAGCAUUCAGUUCUUCUGCUCCACUAAUCUGGAACUUCCAGAAAUCCUUAAAAAUGCUGAAUCUCUGAGUGCUUUUAAAUCAAGGUUAAAAACCCAUAUGUUUAUGGUUGCUUUUGAUUCUUCUAUUUAAACUGUUAACUGAGGCAUCAUUCAUUUUAGUCUGUAGUACAACUUUUCUUUACCUGCCUUUAUUAUGGUACUCUUAUGUACGUUUUUGUUUUCUUAUGUUUCCACCAUAUAAAGCACGUUGAACUGUGUUGUUGCUGAAAUAUUCUAUACAAAUAAACUUGCCUUACCUUUUAUAGUGUAGUUUAGUGUGAGUUACUAUAGCACUAAUCCAUGCUGAAGCUGGUACCUGUGGCUAGAGUUGCUUUCUACUACAGAUCAAGUUGAUGGUUUAGUUAGGCCUAAGUUUUGUCUUUCAGUUUUAUUUUUUGCACUGAAACCUCUUACUGAUAUCAGGGCACAAAUGGAAAAGUUUUAGGUUGAACAACCAUAACUCUCACUGUUUCUUCUUUUAUUAAUUCAUUGUUUAUUGAAAAGUAUUGAUGAUCCUCACUUUGCAAUCAAUGUUUAAAUACAUUUAAUUUGAGCUGCACUU